GUUGCUGGUGGGUGGUUCAGCUCUGCUCUGCUUCCGCUGUCGGCCAGUCAUCAGUAUGUGCCGUGGCGAGGCGAGGCUCUAUGCUAUGGAUAAUGGAAGCAUGCUGCUGCAGUGCAGCCCGCAAGUGAGAGGCCAGUCGUACACUAUUACUUAGCUUUCUUUCUCCCCGAUCCCAGUCGUAGAGGCUAGUAGUAAACGUACCCUAUGGUUUCCGUGCAAUGAGAAUUCCCAUGACUCUCGUGACAAACAGUGCUCGAACCUUGAAUUGUCUUGGACACUGGCAGUGGCCGCUAUUACCCGCCGCGGACAGCUUUCCAGAUUCCAGACGACUAGAUUAUUCUGCUAGUUAGAGUAGAGACUGCGAAUCUCUUACCUCCUUCCUCCGCCAUCUCACAAACAUCAAACGUUAGCUGUCUUCCGCGACUCUCCUCCCCCCCUUUCCCGCUAGUCCCCCCAUUCCCCGCGGCUCCUCCGCGCUCUCCCCACCCGCCCACUCCCCCCCCCACCCCGCGGUCUCCCCAAGCCCCCCCCUUCCCCACAGAACCUCCCGCAGCUCCGUCUAAUGUCCGCUUCCGCCUGUUCCGCCGCUCUCCUCCCCGCGGCCCUUCCGCGCUGCGCCAGCCCACCGACCUCCGCCGCCGCUCAUUCCCCCGCUCCCCCAUUGAACCGCUCCCCUUUUUUUAAGCCGCCUAGGAAAUUCAACCGGUCGCCCGCCACCCGUGGCAACCUACUCCUAUUUAACGCGCCUCGGUUGCCUAUGCAAACUAACGGUGAUACCGCUGGUACCGUUAGAACUAACGACUUGCUGCUCUCCCCGUCGACCCCCCGCCGCCGUGCCGCGCAGCUUGCGCCUCCGCUGCUGGGGAAGGGGACCGGCGGCGGCGGGGCGUUGGCGCGCGCGGGCGCGGAGCAAGGCGGAGGGAUGUGGCGGGGCGGAGCGGAAGACGGGGGGACGGGCUUGGGGGCGGAAAAUCCUUUCUUGAAUCCGCUUCUGAAAGAAAGGCCGCGCCCGCGCAGUGUCGCGGCAUGUGCGGGGAAUGAUCCGUGCGCGGAUGCGGCGGAUGACCAGAGGCGCGCGGACGAAGGGGGGUGUGGGGAGGGCGGGGGGGGAGCGGGCGCGGAAGAGGACGGGGAAAACGCGGAGCUUGUGGGCGGAGGGGGGGAGGCGGAGGAGCAUUUGUCGUCUUCUGGGCGGACGUUGGGCAAUCUGAUCAUAUCUAUUGUGGGCGCAGGCGUGCUCGGCCUGCCAUACGCGUUCAUGCGCUCGGGGUGGCUGGUGUCGUUGAUCUCCCUGGCCGCCACCGCUGCGCUCACCUACCGGGGCAUGCAGCUGCUCGUCGCAGCACGGGCCUUGCAGGAGGCUUGGGAGAGCGGGGAGAGUGGGGAGACGCAGCAGCAGCAGCAGCAGCAGCAGCAGCAACAACAGCAAAAGAAGAAGAAGGAGGAAGAGGGGGACGGGAAGGAGGACGUAGAGCAGGGGCGUGGAGAGAGGGAUAUGCUGCUGGGCAGAUCAGGCACCCAGCAGAACGGCCACGCGGCCGAAACUUCACAAGUACCGUCCGCAAUGUCAGCAUCCCCAGUGCCACCGUCCCCACCACACCCAUCAUCAGUAUCAACCACACUCACCACCCCAGCAGCAGCAGCACCACCAGCAGCAGAAGCAGCAGCAGCAGCAGCAACGGCGCACACAGCAGUGUCGAGCAGCAAGGUCCGGUCGUACGGCGACCUGGGCGACCGACUGUACGGCGCAGUGGGGCGAGUGGCGGUGGAUGCCAUGGUGCUGAUCAGCCAGGGGGGCUUCUGCGCCGUCUUCCUCGUCUUCAUGGGGCACAACGUGGCGAGUGUCCUGUGGGGGUCUACCAAGCUCUCCUCCCUCAUAAUCGCCAUCAUCGCCCCCCUCCAGAUCCUGCUGUCGUGGCUACCGUCUCUCACCCACCUCGCUCCAUUCAGCAUAUUCGCUGACGUGGUGAACCUCCUCGCCUUCUCCCUCGUGGUCUUCUACGGGCUGCGCUCCUUCCAGGGCCUGCACUCCGUCUCCGCCUACACCACCCUCCGUGACGCGCCCUUUGCCUUUGGCGUCGCCACCUACGCGCUCAACGGGGCUGGGAUGACCCUCUCCCUCGAGUCCUCCAUGCGCCAGCGCGCCCGCUUCCCAGGUGUACUCACUGCAGGCCUCUCCCUCAUCUCGUUAGUGUAUGCCGCCGUGGGUACAGCCGGGUACUUCGGGUUCGGGAGCGCGACGGAGGAGAUCGUAACCCUGAAUUUGCCGCCCGGGUGGCAAAGCGUGGUUGUAAAGCUCGGGGUGUGCAUUGCUCUCUUCUUUACCUUUCCUGUCAUGAUGACACCAGUGCAUGAGAUGGCGGAAAGGUACCUUUCCUCCUCUUCAUACCUCCACCACCACUUCGUCUCUCACUCCGCCCCCCCCUCGCGCCGCCGCCUUUUCAUCUGCUUCAUUCGGACUCUGACGGUGCUGCUGAUCGUGCUGCUGUCGGUGUCCGUGCCACACAUCGGGGCCUUUAUCUCCCUUAUUGGCUGCAGCGUUUGCUCUGCUCUGGGGUUCGUUCUUCCUGCGUUGUUUUUUAUGAAGGCUGCAAGAGGGAAGCUGGGGACUUCUGAGGUUGUUGGGAAUUGGUGCUUGGCUGGGUUUGGUUUAGUCUUUGGGCUUUGGGGUACAUGGAAUGCGUUGAGGCAGAUGCUUGUGUAGGAAUUUUGUGAAAUCGUACAAUACAAUAUACUUUAUUUGCUAAGUAGUAGUACCUUCUACUCUACAUACAUACG